GGGGCAUCCUCAGAAACUGCCCCAGCAGCUGGGUUGUAAAUCGGAGGGGAAAACAGGAACUAACCCUUCGAUUGCUUCAGGUUUUUAUAUAAUUACAUUGGCUGUUUCAAAAUGGCGGACAACAACGUCGCAGUUAUCAGUAUCUGUUCCGUUCUUCUGGUGGUGUUGGUUGUGGCGGUGACGGUUGGUGUCACUCAAGAUGAGAAGGGCGACGACGAUUGUCAUUCCGAGUUACAGAGUUCGUCCAAGGCGAUCAAAGACCUUUGCCAACCCACUGAUUACGAGAAAACGUGUGAGAAAAGUCUGGAGAGUGCCAACACCACCGAUACCAAGGUGCUUAUAAGGACUGGUUUCAAGGCCGCCAUAACCGAGAUCGAGGACGUGAUCAUCCGUUCUGUCCUCGUGAAAGAUUUGGUCAAGGACAAACCCAGGGCUCGUCAAGCUCUUCGCAAUUGCAAGGUGCUGCUGCAGUACGCCAUUGACGAUCUCAAUCAUGCUUACGAUCAAAUGGGGAAAUUGGAGAUGAACAGAUUCGAUGAAUACAUUGAAAACCUCAAGAUUUGGCUCGCCGCUGUCAUCACGUACCAGGAGACUUGCCUGGAUGGAUUCGUUAAGACGAGAGGUGAAGGUGGGGCGAGAACAAGGGAACUUUUGCAGACCUCUCGGGAGCUUAGUAGCAAUGCUUUAGCCAUGGUUUAUGAGUUGGAUUUAGCUUUGAAGAAACUCGACCUUCCCAACAUGAACACUUCUGGCUUCCCACAUCGGCUAUUCUCGCAUACCGACGGUUUGCCGUCGUGGGUCAGCUCAACCCAGCGCAUGCUCCUUGCCAAAAACACCACAUCUGACGUUAAACCUAAUGUAGUCGUUGCAAAGGAUAAGAGUGGCAAUUACACCACCAUCAAAGCGGCAUUGAAACAAGUCCCCAGGGGUAGUUCAGAUCCAUUUGUUAUUUACAUUAAGGCUGGCGUUUACAAAGAGCGGCUGACCAUCAACAAGCAUAUGCACAACGUCAUGCUCAUCGGAGAUGGCCCCAAAAAGACCAUCAUCACCGGUAGUAAAAACUACCGUGAUGGAACUUCCACAUACAGAACUGCAACAGUUGCUGUUAUUGGUAAAAGAUUCAUGGCCAAAGAUAUUCAAAUCAGGAACACUGCUGGAGCCAAGAAGAGGCAAGCUGUGGCACUUCGAGUCCAAAGCGAUCAGUCCGUCUUCUACAAUUGCAAAAUCGACGGUUACCAAAACACCCUUUACGUACACAGUCAUCGCCAGUUCUAUAGGCAAUGCGCCGUAAGAGGAACCAUCGACUUCAUCUUCGGCGACGCAGCUGUAGUCUUGCAGAACUGCAAAAUCAUCGUAAAGAAGCCAUUGCCUGGACAAAAUUGCAUCGUAACCGCACAAGGAAGGAGCGAACGCCGCGAGCUCACCGCCAUCGUUCUCCAUAAUUGCACCAUCUCUGGCACGGACGCGUACAAAAUGGUGAAAAACAAGAACAAGGCAUACUUCGGUCGGCCGUGGAAGGAGUUCUCCACGACCAUCAUCAUGCAAUCUUACAUCGAUGAUGUCAUUGACCCCGAGGGAUGGGUGCGAUGGGACGGAGACUUUGCUCUCCACACCGCGGUUUGUGCCGAGUUUGAAAAUAGGGGACCCGGUGCGGACCAAACUGGCAGGGUUAAAUGGAAAUGUAUCAAGCGUUUCAGUAAACGGCAUGUGAAGCUAUACACGGUUGGCGAGUUCUUACGUGGUGGUGAAUUUAUCCCCAAGUUUGGGGUGCCCUACUCUCGUGGCAUGAUUGAUGGAUUGUAGACCAUCAACGCAAGAUGAUGAACCAACAGCUUUAUUUAGUUAUUUUUACUUGCAUGAAAAUAUAUGUAAGUUUCGU